CACUUUUUGUUUUGGCUUUUGUAUUUAGAAAAUAAAAAUAAUAAUUUAUACUUUUAAUUAAUACGUAGUACAUUAAAAUGUGGCUUCGAUAGUAAUCAGUGUUAUGUGAAGGUUCCUAUCUAUAUCGCAAAUAAGAUAUAAAUAACAUUAUUUAUAUAAUAAUUUCAAUAAUAAUUAAAUAUAUAAUUUACUCAUUAAAAAUGCAUGAAGCUUACGAAGUUACACAUUUACUGAAUGCAUCUGUGCAAAUAGAAACAAUAGCUGCUUAUGAUGGUAACUUGUUGCUGGGAACAAGGCAGGGACAUCUGUUAAUGUAUUCCUUAUUAAUGAACAAAGAUACUCAAAAGUAUGAAUUGAAAAUGAUUAGAUACUGUAAAAACUUUAGUAAGAAACCAAUACAACAAAUUGAAGUUAUUGCAGAGGAUAGAUUACUGUUAUGUCUCACAGAUAAUUUGCUUUCAUCUUAUGAUAUGAAUGGUCUUAACUUUCCUUUGGUGAAGACAUUUGCAGAUACCCGAGGUGCAUCUCUGUUUGCCCUAGACAAUAAGUCAGCUACUUCAAUGACUGGUGAAUCAAAUACAAUAGUACAUUUAUGUGUAGCUGUUAGAAGAAAAUUGCAACUAUAUUAUGGUAAAAAUGGAGAGUUCAAGAAACAUAUCUUUGACUUUACAAUACCUGAUGUGCCGAAGGUGAUGGCUUUGGGUCAACAGUAUCUUUGUGUUGGGUUCAAAGGCGAAUACACUUUUUUUGAUUUAUCAUCACAUAAUUCAACGGACUUAUUUCCUCCAAGUAGUUCAAAAUCCUUAGAUCCAACAAUAGCUAAAUAUUCUGAAACAUCCUUUCUACUUGGCCGAGAUAACACCUCAGUUUUAGUGGAGGAAGCAAAAAAGAAGUCUUCUGAAAUUAAAAAGACAACGAAAAGGAUUGAUGACCCAACAAUCUCUAAAUAUUCAGAGUCAUCAUUCUUACUUGGUCGAGAUAACACUUCAGGUGAAGUGGAAGAAGCUAAACAAGAGACGGUCGAAAUUAAAAAGACAAUAAAAUGGACUGAUGCACCGCUUGCAGUUGUUUGGGAUGAACCCUUCAUUCUGGGUUUGCUACAAGACAGCGUUGUAGUGCAAACAGUUGAACCGCCUCUCUUCAUACAAACAUUUGUUGAAUUGAAUAAAGCAAGACUUAUGUACAGAUGUAAGCGUGGUCUAAUAUUUGUGUCAUCAGUGGGUCAAGUUUGGUGUCUUACUUCUGUUGAUAUUACGAAACAAAGGAAACAGUUGCUGAAAGACAAGCACUUUCAAAUUGCGAUAGAUUUAAUGAAACUAUCAGAUAGUUCGCCCGAAGAGAAGAAGCAAACUAUUGAUUCCAUACAAAUGUUGCACGCACUCGACCUAUUUGACAGCAAACAAUAUUCGCAAUCUAUGAAAGAAUUCAUCAAACUAAAAACAGACCCGGCUGAAGUCAUAAAACUAAUUCCAGAGUUAGAUAAUAAAUUUGAGGGAAAAGAAAAUGUAUUGAAAGGGAAAGAUUUAGAGAACGCCUUAAACGCUUUGAUAGAGUAUUUGGUGGAACUGAGAUUUAAAAUUGGGACGAAUACGGAAGGUUCCAGUAACAGUGAAGCUAAUCAGCGAAAUGUGGCCCAACAACUGGAGUUGAUCGAUACAACUCUACUUAAAUGCUAUUUACAGACGAACGAUGCAUUCGUUGCCCCUCUUCUCCGUCUAAACAACUGCAGAUUGGAGGAAGCCGAGAAGACGUUACACCAACACGGAAAGCACAGCGAGCUGAUCAUCCUCUAUCAGACGAAGGGACAGCACACAAAGGCUCUGCAAUUGUUGAGAGAGCAGGCAUCACAACCAGAUUCAAGUCUUAAGGGCUAUCAUAGGACCAAGAACUACUUACAACACUUAGGCGCGGAACACAUAAACCUUAUAUUCAAAUUCUCUGAUUGGAUAUUAAAGGAACAUCCUGAGGAAGGGUUAAAAAUAUUCACCGAAGACAUAGUUGAAGUAGAAAACCUACCUAGGCCAAAAGUCCUAGAUUUUCUACUACGAGAACACGAUACUUUGGUGAUACCCUAUCUGGAACACGUUAUACACACAUGGAAUGACACACACGAUCUGUUUCACGACGCCCUCAUAAAUAUGUAUAGAGAAAAAAUCACUGAUAAAAAAGCGAAUGCCACUGAGGAGGAGUUGCAGCAUAUUAAAUCGAAAUUGGUGGCGUUUUUGGAGAAAUCGAGUCAUUAUACACCGGAAAGGGUGAUUUUACAUUUUCCAAAUGAUACGCUAUUCGAAGAGCGUGCGGUCAUCUUGGGGAAAUUGGGCAGGCAUGAGCAGGCGUUGGCUAUUUAUGUGCAGAUUCUUGGUGACGUAGAUAGGGCCAUACGUUACUGUGACAACGUAUGGACACGUAACGAUAAAACAGUAGACGUAUACGUAACACUCAUGCGUAUACUUGUGAACCCGGAGCAGAACAAUUCUUUAACUGGACCGUUAGCCACUGUACCCAGACACCCGAAGGCUUCCACGCCCGAUCUUGAGACGGCUCUAAGUAUAUUGGAAAAGCAUGCGGAUAAAAUAUCACCUAUUAAGGCCCUCUCAGUACUACCAGAUAGCGUCCCGUUGGCCCGUCUCAGUAGUUUUUUGGAGAGUGCCCUUCAAACACAACUCACAGUGAAGCGACGAACACAAGUAUUAAAAGGAUUGUUAUACGCCGAACACACACAGGUACAAGAGAUGAAGCAGUUCCAUGAAUCGAAAAGCAUAGUUAUUAACGAUUAUAACGUGUGUCCCGUUUGCAAGAAACGAUUUGGGAACCAAAGCGCCUUCGUGCGGUAUCCCUCGGGGGAUAUUGUCCACUAUUCAUGUAAAUUGGAUAAAUAAUAGGGGAUUUAUGUCCAAACCGGCCAUUUAAAUUCGUUUGUAUGUUUUUUCUUACUAUAAGGCAUAGUCUUACACACUUAUUUAUAGAAAAUUCGAAAGAAAAGAAGAAAUUUAUUCGUUUAUAAAAAGAAAAUGCUUAUUUUUUAAAUAUGUUGCAUGAAACUUCAUUUUAAACAAAAGAUGAACUAUAUAUGCGUGAAAACUAAAGUGAUUAAUAAUCAAAUAAUUACAUGAAAUAAUUAUAGAAACAACAGUUAGUUAGUUAUUUCAUAAAAGUCCUUCAAGAUAAUUAUUAUAGGCUUAUUGUAAGAAAAUAUCACGUGACUAGCAAUAACUCGCGUCUUCUUCCACAGACUAACAAACUUAAUGUUAAAAUUAAGUAAAACGUCAGUUUUGACACAUGACAGAACAAUCUAAAAUAUCUAUAUAUUGCCAUAUCAUUAAGUUAUGCCAAAAAGUGGCCUCCUAUUUGUUUGGGGUCUCCAUAAGGAGUAAAAAACGUUUACGUUGUCACCAGAGACAGAUGAUUGCUAUAAUUGUAAUGUUGCAAUAAUUGUUAUAUUUAUGCUUAUAAAAAAAUUAACUAUUUGAAAAAAAAAUUAAGUUAUUCUAUAUCUAUGUAUUUCCACAUGUCACUCCUGUCAUAUUUACGUGACAAAAAACUUUUUUCAUUAAAUAUAAUAUAAUAAUUAUAUGGAUGAGGGAACGUGGGUAAAAGAUUCUAUUGAGCCUUUAAUCGAACGUGUAUAUUGACUGUAUAUUCUGUUUUUUUACAAUUUGAUUAUUAAACAAAUAUGGAGAAGCAUAUUCUAGACUAUUAUGCCAUAUUCCAAUUAUAAUAUAAAAGUUUAGUCAUGGCAACUUAAUAUUGGAUUUAUUAUAAGUAUUUUAUUCAUUGGGUCUCAAGUAUGUCACGAAAUGUAUAAGACCGGAGUACUAGCGAGCGAUCUGUAUGAACAUACUUGUUUAUUUAUUUUAGUUAGGUAUAACAACUGUAUCAUAAUGAAUAAAAAAAACCAUGGACGCCUUUUCUAGUAAAAGUAUUACCACUUCAUUCAUGAAAAUAAAUAAAUCUGAUUAUAACCUUUUUAUUAAAAUACUUUUUGGUCUCUUAUGUGGCCAGUGAUGACACAGAUUAGUAAUUUUUAUCUAUAAAUUUAUAUAUACAAUGUUUAUAUGGUUAAAAUGGAAAGCUAACUUAUUGUAUAGUUAAGUAGAAAUGUAGUUCUAUACAUUGAGGAAGAUCAUUUUUAAAUCGUGAUAAUACUUUCAUACGCUAACUUACCAAAUUAUUAUAUAGAUCAUAAAUUCAUAUAAAUAACUGUUGAAACAUGAUAUUUGUAAUAGUCGCAUAUAGAUCCAAUAAGUCUUAUAAAAAAAUACAAACAGCUAUUUAAAAUUACCUUAUCAGUUUUAUGUACAUUCGUUAGAAGUUAUACUUCUUUGGCGUAUGAAAGAAAUAACUAAAAUGCAGUACUGAUUAACG